AUGAGCCCGGCCUCUCAGGGCGCCUUGGAAGUGGAGCGUUACAUCGGCAGCUGCCUAAUUUCGUCCAACCUGCGCGCCGGAUUGCACGGCAAGCCCGUGCCCGUUUGCCGAAAGCAGGAACAAUCAGUGACGAUACGCGGCGGUAAAGCGCGCGGUUGCUACAAUGGAGGACAGAGUUACCCCGGGCUGGCCGAUCAGCAGCAAUGUCAGGUGCAAUACGGCGGUCCGGGCGGUUGGACGGGUGCGCCGCUGAUAUCAAUGACGUCAAGUCCGCGCAGGUGUAAUCAGCGUUCAUCACCGUCGCUCGGUCAACAACAGCAACAGACGUGUACCGAUCAGCAGCAAGUGCCACCGGGCGGUCAUCUACAUAAAAGUCCUUUGUCAAGAUUGGCGAUUCAUACGCAGGGCGCACCCCUGAUAUUGGCCGGACGAUUUUACAAUCGUGGCAAGGUGCACAGCAAUAACAACAAUAACAGUGGCAAUCCUAAUGGUAUCACUAAUACGCCACCCUGCGGUAACAUCGUCAGCAAUUACGUUCAUAAUACCGUGAACCCGUCCAUGACGAGCAACGUGAACGGCGCGACGAGGUGUCCGGCGUCACGAAUCGCCCCUCAAAAGCCAAUGGAGGCUACCGCCAAGAAGUCACCGACGACGGUAUCUCCGAAUUCCAAGACAACGGCGACGAAUGCCGACUGUUCUUCUGCCGCGACAAAAGAAAACACCGGUUCCUCGAGUAUCGCGAACAUCGACUCGCUGAGUAUCGCGAGCGACGAGAGCUCCGGCUCGAACAAUUCGGAGAAUAGUCUGCCGCGCAUCAUUAAGCCUCGCAAGCGCAGAAAGAAGGAUCGCAAACCGCCGAACAACGUCGUCGCCAGUGGCGUCGAUGCGGCUAAACCGGAGGAGCCGCAGGUGCAGCGGCAGCAGCUUGCUGGUUGCGGUGCCGUAGUCGGGGAACAAUCCAACGUUAUCGGUGUAAAAUCGUACGCACCGACUUGCUACGAACCAAGAAUCUAUGAGGCAGCCACGCCGCAUCUCAGGAACUAUCGAAGGCCACCGGUUAGCCAUCGCGAGAAUAUCUACGGCGGCUGUAGAGCGCCGUCGAUGCAGACAGAGAUGGCGGACAUUAGGCAGCAACGGUACGCGCAUCACCGGCAUCAUGUGCAAGUGAAAGUGCUAGAUGACAACCGUAACGUGAUCGCGGCGCCGAUGCGUGCCACGGCGCCGCCCAAGGGCUACCGGCAUCAUCACGCCAACGAUAGCGGCAAUCUGCCGCGACGUUACGUUCAUGAAUACGCGGGAGAAUCCUGUGAGACUGCUGCCAGAGGGGACGGUUUGGGUCCGUGUCAAUGUCGAUAUUGCGACCCGGCAGGUCUGAUUUGGGACGUCGAUCGGAACGGGUACUCGCCGUUCUUGACAACGACGUUGUCGCCGCCACAGCCGUCGUCGUCCGGCGUCGAGUAUUGUCGCAAUAGUCAUUUUGGUCAAAUACCACUGUUUUUGACGUCACCGUGUACGAAUCUUCAAGAACGCGCGCUCGACAGAUUGUUCGACGAGCACUCUCGACUGCACGAUGACAAUAGAGACAUGGGGCCCGUCGCUGGGCCCGGUGGUGUAGUGUUGAGGCGUAGUUGGAGCGACCCGACGAGUUACUUCAGUUACGGUGAGGAGAUCACCGCGCCGACAAAGGACGUUGGUGUCAUCGGCGAUCGAGGGGGCCAGUCUGAAAGUGGAAAACACAAACGAGCUCUUUGGCGUGGCGAUAGUAUCGGCAGCGCGCCAGCAAGCUCGCCAGCGAAUGCGAAUGCUGUGGGUCCGAAUGCCGGUGGUGGGUUUAUCGCGUCUCCGAAGGGUCUGGAAGUAUCUACGGAAAUUAUCACGUCGCCCAACGGUCAUCGGGAUCUGGAGAUCAAAUUUUACUCGUCGCCAUCGACCGCCGAACGUCUCGCCGAGGAAGACAAGUCGUUGUCGAGUUUCCCCGGGGAGGUCGACGACGACGACAACGGAGAUGACGACUUUAGCGAUAUAUGGAGUUACCAUGAAUCGAAGUUGCAACAGGAUUUCCGCACAUUGCUGCAGGCGGAGGAGUGAUGGGUUGUCGACGUUAUCUAAUCGAAGAUGUUCCCGAGCGCUACGAGCGCUUACAGUCGCGCGGACUCGCCCGGUGGAGUGCGAAGUGAGAGCGAAACGGUAAAUGCCAACGGCAGCAGAAAUAGCGUGGAGAAAAGGAAGAGGAGAGUGCGUGGGUGUUGACGACGAGGUAUUUGGCCCCAUUUUGAAACGAAGUGACACGAGGAAGAAAUACGGACGAUGUUAACCUCGUCGCCCGUUGUGCGCGCGGACGAUUCGAUUGACGUUCGUCUUAGUCUCAGGGUGGUCGCUUUUACGUGUGGUCCGGGAUCUCAAGGGGGUCAAAACCAAGCGUCCUCGUGCGAACAACGGUGCCGCUAAGCCUCGACAAGACGGCGUCAAAGGCGACACCGAGGAGGAGCUUCU